UUGUACCACCAUGAGCAGCGACGGCGGCGUCCCUCGCAUUCCCCAUGUCACCCUCAAAGGCCACCGCGGCCCCAUCCACGUCGCCCGCUACGCCAAAGGCGCCGCCAAAUAUGCCCUCACCGCCGGCCAGGACCGCACCGUGCGCCUGUGGAACGCGGGCACCGGCGCAGAGAUCAAGACCUACGCUGCGCACGGCUACGAGGUCCUCGGCCUCGCUGUCGCGCACGAUAACGCGAAGUUCGCUAGCGGCGGGGGCGAUAGGUCGGUGUUUGUGUGGGAUGUGACGAGUGGGCAGACGAUUAGAAGGUUGUCGGGCCAUUUGGCGAGGGUGAAUUGCGUGGAGUUUAAUGCGGAUGCGACGGUGGUGGCGAGUGGAUCGUUCGAUGCGAGUGUGAGGUUGUGGGACUUGAAGUCGCAGUCGAGGACGCCGAUUCAGGUGCUGGAUGAGUCGAGAGAUGCGGUGCAGGCGCUUGUCGUCGGUGCUACAAGCAUAAUAUCCGGUAGCGUUGACGGUCAUGUACGCACCUACGACCUUCGCAUGGGCGAGUUGAGGUCAGACUAUAUGGGCAAUCCAGUAGUCGGCCUUGCGUUGAGCGCCGAUGACCAAACGCUCCUGGUCACCACGCUCGACAGCACAGUCCGCCUGAUGGACAUGUCUACUGGGAAAAUGCUCAACAGCUUCACCGGACACAACAACAAUGACUAUCGUUGUCGUGCGUGUUUCGGGCAUAACGAGGCUACCGUCAUAUGUGGCGACGAGGAUGGCGCGGUAUGGGCCUGGGAUUUGCUAGAGGCGAAACCACUGGCGCCGAAUCCACCGCCAAAAGUACACGGAAAAAUGAUCACUUGGACGGAGCACCAUCCCCUUGAAGCCUCCGAACUGCUGACUGCUAGCAGCGACGGCACUGCCAUCAUUUGGCGAGGAAAAUGAUCUAUAAGGGUAUAUCGGUUCAUGCGUCUGUAUAUCAUACAUAAGACUGCUGCUCUGCGGGCCAUCCCGCACGAGGCGCGUCAACGAAAGCACUACAAAAAUUCACCCAUUACUUUGCUCCCGCUCUAGCUCGCCCGAUGUCUCGUGCGUCUCUCGAACAGCAUGAUCCCAAAGGUUGAUGUCUAAAUCAGGUGUUGCACGUGCUAUAAGCGCUUUCAGCACGAUUUCUUGGUGGAGCUGUACUGCUGCGUUGCGUGGUGAAAGGAGUUGUGUGGGGACGGCUUUCUGCGACGCG